ACCCGCCAAGGUCACGUGACCGGGAUUCUCUCUGGCGGAGAAGGAGGAAGGUGAAGUUGGGCGCUUGCUUAAAAGGAUUCGGUGGGAGCCGGGGGCAUCCUCUUCAUGCUUGGAAGAUGCCUUCGGACAAAUCCACCCAGGAUCCUCCAGUCUUCCAGUUUACAAACUGCUGGAUUCUGAAGAAUCACGAACUGCAAAGGGAGGACCUUUGGGUGAGAGAUGGGAAGAUCCUGAACCCGGAGAAGCUCUUCUUUGACGAGAAGAAGCCUGCGGACAUUCAACUGGACUGCAAAGGCAGUAUCAUUGCACCUGGGUUCAUUGACGUGCAAAUCAAUGGAGGUUUUGGAGUGGAUUUUUCCCAGGCCACAGAUGACGUCGCAUCAGGAAUCUCUCUGGUUGCCCAGAAAAUAUUGUCCCAUGGAGUCACUUCUUUCUGCCCAACGCUGGUGACCUCUCCGCCAUCUGUAUAUAGUAAGGUUCUGCCUCAGAUUUCUGUAAGAAACGGAGGGCCCCAUGGAGCUGGCGUCCUGGGGGUUCACCUGGAAGGUCCGUUCAUCAGUAAAGAGAAGAGGGGAGCUCACCCGGAGCAUUAUCUCAGAACCUUUGAAACCGGAGCUUUUCAGGAUGUACUGGCCACUUACAGUUGCCUGGACGGAGUGAAGAUUGUCACCUUGGCACCUGAGAUGAAGAGAAGCGGCGAGGUAAUCCGGGAGCUGACCAAGCGGGGCAUCUGUGUUUCGGUAGGUCACUCUAUAGCUAACCUGUCUCAAGCCGAGGAAGCAGUUCACCACGGGGCUACUUUCAUUACUCACCUCUUCAAUGCCAUGUUACCUUUCCACCACCGAGACCCUGGGAUCGUGGGGCUGCUCACCAGUGACCAGAUCCCUCCAGGUCGGCAAGUCUUCUAUGGGAUGAUAUCAGACGGGAUCCACACAAACCCUGCAGCUCUGCGGAUUGCCCACCGUGCAGAUCCUAAAGGGCUGGUCCUGGUGACAGAUGCCAUCAUGGCGAUGGGCCUUCCACCAGGCAGGCACACUCUGGGCCAACAGGUAGUCGAAGUGGAUGGGCUGAAUACCUAUAUUGCAGGGACCAAAACUCUGAGCGGCAGCAUUGCAACCAUGGACACAUGUGUUCGACAUUUCAGGGAAGCCACAGGAUGCUCUGUGGAAACAGCACUGGAGGCUGCUUCUCUCCAUCCAGCUCAACUCUUGAAAAUUGAGGACAGAAAGGGCACCUUGGAUUAUGACAGUGAUGCAGAUUUCCUGUUGCUGGACAACAGCCUCCACGUUCAAGCUACCUACAUUGCAGGCCAGCAGGUCUGGAGAAAAGAUGACUUUCUGAUCUAAAAUGGGAACCAGGACAGGAAGCAGUUAUCACCAGGGGCAGAGAGCAGAGUCUUCCCUUUCUUCCAAAGGCCCUUUGCCUCUCUCUCAUAUCUCUUCUGACUUCUCCAACUUCCUUUCUUUUUUGCUCCGGCAGCAUUCCUGGAAAGAGGCCUAUUUGUUGUUUUGGAUUACAACAUUUGUUGUUUUGGAUUACAACAGGCUUUGGUUUCCAAUGAACUGUGACAGAACAAAUGUAUUUUUCUCACCUUGCCUUAGAAAGCAGAGGUAGCUGCACAGCACAUCUGUUAUACUGUCAGAACAAAGCACAUGCUUUGAGCUUUUCCUGCAGAGCCAAAGGAAACAUCUCCAAUUCACUGUGUGAAUGCAAAAGCAUGAAGAUAGUAUUGGAUCCAGUGUAGCAGAAUGGGAAAAUCUGCUGACCUGGCACACUCCUCUAGCCAUUUCCUUCCUACAUUGCCUCUCUCUUUGACUUUUAUGCUGGAUUGGCAUUUUGUGGAUGAUCAUCUGCUUUGUUUUAGCCCACUUCAAGGGAAAAAGGAGUGCUCUAUGAAGUUUUCAUGUUGUUUGUUAAAUGCCUAUCCCAGAUUUCCACCACAAGCAGUGUGUGAGAUAACUAAUAAUCAUAUCAAAGAUAAAGUAGGAAAGAACAAUCUAACCAUAACACUAUGGAACACUAUGAUUGUUGUUCUUGGGUUAUAAAUGUCAUUUCUUAAUUGGUUCCAUCGUAAAAACGUGGGAAAAGUUUAUUAAACCACAACAACUUUGUUUCUGCGAGAGGGACAUCCUGCUAUAGCACAUUUUGUUCUAGGUUUUCACUGAGUAUCUCAUCAUCUCAACCAAUUCAACAUAGUUUGUAGCAGCCACAAAAAUGAAGUUUCUGGAGUAGAACAGCUACUUUCAAAGUAAGGACCGCACAAAUAAACAGGAAUAUCACUUUCAAGCCAGGAACAGGAAAGUUUUCAAAUUUUGUUACACAGUGUAAUACAAACAAAUUAGUUAAAACAGGCAUGGGCAAACUUUGGCCCUCCAGGUGUUUUGGACUUCAUUUUCCACAAUUCUUAGCAGCCAAUAGUCUGUUAGAGUUGUGGGAAUUGAAGACCAAAACACCUGGAGGACCAAAGUUUGCCCAUGAUGCUUGGGUUAAAAUCUAUCCACUUCCAAAGUAAAGGAGCAGCCACUUAUUAAAACCUGUUUUUAUGUACUAAUAAAACUGACUGAAUACAAA